CAAUUUCUGAAAUCUGAUUAUGCGCCUCUCUGGCGGCUGCCUCCCCCGCUGUGUCUCGUGAGAAGCAAUGGAUCUCUCCCGACAGGAGUAUCCAGCCUUGCUGGCAUCUUUACAACCCACUCAGGCCGCCACUGUAUUAGCUGACCGCAUCCGUGUCAUCAACAAGGUCAAUGCGGAUAUCGCAGAUUGGCUGCAGGAACGCCGCCGCAUCGAAGAAGCUUAUGCGCAAGGGCUACGGAAACUCGCCAAUCGACCCCAAUUGGAUAAUGCAGCUGCCUUAGGGAUAUUCCAAAUACCAUGGCAGCGCAUUAAAAUCGACGAAGACGUCGAACGUCCUUUGAGGGAAUACAAUACCAAGAAUAAGGAGCUUGCGUCGAUGCCCGGAGUUCAAAAUGACCUGACAGCUCUAGCAAAGAGCGUGGAAAGCUCGCAGAAAAAGGUUGAAAAGGCGAAGGAGAAGGGCCCCAAAGGCGCGGACAAGUUAGCUGCCGCCGUGUCUGCUGCGCACGACAUGAGCCAGCAAUGGGAAUCAAGAGCGCCAUUUGCCUUUGAGCAGCUUCAGGCGGCAGAUGAGGGCCGACUCAACCAUCUUCGAGAUGUUUUAACCCAACUGGAAACCCACGAGUCUGAUCAGAUCGAACGCUGUCGACAAGCAGCGGAAAACUGCUUGAAUGUCCUCCUCAACGUGGAGACAGCGGAUGAAAUCAAGACGUUCGCCGCAAAGGUAAAUGGAGGACGACCAGUUGUGCCCCUUCGACAGCAAACAACAUCACCCACCCCAGUAGCAUCACCUCCGCCGGGCCCGGAGCCACCUCUUCCACCUCCACCGCGUGCUCAGGAUGAUGCUGCGAGUCAUCGCUCUACAAGCUCUGGUCGCGCCAGACCACCACCGCCUCCAGUUCCUGAACCUCGGCACGGUACACCCUUCGGGGGUCUUAGACGGCUAGGUACGGUCAUGAAUAGAAGGAAAAGUAUGGCUCUGCCUUCUGGUCCGUCAUCGGACAAGAAGUAUCGCAGCCCGUUUUCCUCCUUUAAACGGGGCGAUUCCCACAACAUGCAGAUCCCAGAAGAUCCUCCUGAGCGCCCAGAUACGGCCAUCACCUCACAAGAUAGCUACAACGAAACUGCUCGCCAGCCAAGCGAGUCUUACGAACGAGAAGACCGUGCACGAUUUUCGCCGAGCCCGCCGCCUCAGUCGACACCUGAUACAAACGGAUUCGCAUCUCAGGGUCCUGCGGCUACUGCAGGUCUCACUGGCGUCACUAAUGAGCCACGAGUGGAUGCAGAGGGCUACUCUGAACGACCGCAGACAAUUGAUGAAAUCACACUAGCACAACGAGAGGCAGCCGGACACGAAGAGUCGGGUCUGAACCUGACGAUUAGAGAUCAGCCUAUUCCCGAAGACGAAAACCAAGCCCAACAAGCCAUGAAUGACAUGGCCAGUCAAUUGCGUCUGCAAGCGCAGCAAAGCGGGAUAAGGCGGAACGCAGGCACGAUACGUGGACGCCGCGACGUCCGUAAUACUGUCUUCAUCCCUAGCACUCCGCCACCAGUCCAUCCAGUCCCAAAUCAAGCUGUGGCCCAGGACGUCUCUGAACCUACCUCUCCAACCUCGCCAGGAAGACAUGUAGCUUCUCUCAGCAAUGCUACAGACGAGCAUGCAUUGUCUGACACAACGUCAAUACGCUCGUCGCAUACUUUGCAUAGCAUCUCAGGCCCCGUCGCACACCCUGAACUGCACGAUUCUGGACUGAAUGCAUCUAUAAUAGAAACAGUCAACGCCUGGUUCUCGGAAGGUGCGGUUACCAAAUCAUUUGUUGUCGGCGAGCUCGCGCUGGCGUUUAAUGCUGCUCCUGAUGUCCUGUCGGACAAAAUCCGAGUUCGCCUGAAUAAUUUUCCAGUGUUGGAGAAGGUAGCCGCAAACCCGAAUUUCAUCCGUGAAGUACAAGAUCAGUCAGAGGACAAGAGGGGCGAAUACGACGUUUCUCUUGCUAGUAUAACGCGCUCUGCACCAACUGUCGCGUUUAAAUAUCAAGUCCAUAUUAAUCCCGAGGACUUAUCUACCUUUUGCCCAGUCAUUUUUAGACCAGCAUGGAAUCUGGAGGAAUUCCAGGCCAGCGUGAUAAUCUUCUACUCCCUCAAUCCUUCAUUCGCAUCUGCCGCGUCGAAAGACUCGAUUACGCUGACCAACCUGGUUCUUACCGUCAAUCUGGACAUCUCUCCCCAAGAGGACCGUGAAGUCGCCCACGCCACCAACGCCGUCAUGUACCCCAACACCGGAGCUGUCUUUCGCCGCAAGCAGUCAGCGGUGAUCUGGAAAAUCCCUGAAUUUGAGGUGAACAGCAAAUCCGAUGGGAAGCUGCUCGUUCGCUUUUCAACGGCAAAUAGUUGGCCGCAGAAGGGCAAGGUCGAGGCAAAAUUCGAGGUUCGCACGCCUGAUGCUGGCUCUCGCCUUGGGAUCAGUUCUGCUUCGAGGCCGGCUGGGUCUGAUCCUUUUGCCGAUGAGGAUAAUGCUCAGGCUCAAUGGAGUCAUGUCCCGACAACGCGGAAGUUGGCUGUUGGGAAGUACGUUUCUUCAUAG